AGGACAGGGUAGACAGCACCACAGGAUGCUGAUUGGUGUUCCCAGAUCUGAGCGUGCAAAACAAUACUUCAAACUUUGACCAUAUAUCUGAACCAGUAAUCUACACUUACAACUCUUCACUCUCAAGCUUUCACAACAUCAUACCUUUCAUUUACAAUCUCACCACCGUAAGCAACCAACCAAUGGCUGAACUCGUGCUUUCUGCCCUCCUCCCUGUUCUCUUUGAGAAGCUGACUGAUGCAGCUUUCAAAACCAUUGCUCGCCACAAGGGGAUUGAUGCUGAGAUCAAGAAAUUGCAGAAAUCAUUAAUCUCCAUCCAACUUUAUCUUACUCAUGCUUCUCAGAUGGAGAUUACUGAUCCAUCUGUGAAACAGCGACUGAAUGAUCUCCAGCAUCUGGCUUAUGACAUUGAGGACCUCCUCGAUGGUUGGGCAACCGACGCUAUGGACCCUGAGUUCAAGCAAGAGUCAGAAGGCAUCACCAGCAAGGUAAGAAAGCUAAUCACCCCAACUUGUUGCACAACUUUCUCACGGACUACUACUAUGAUUGCCGAGUUAGAUGAUAUUUCCACCACACUACAAGAUCUAGUUAAGGAGAAAGCUGACCUUGGUUUAGAUAAUCUUGGUUUGAAAGUGGAAGAGGAAACCAGGCCAAGAACUAAUAAUAACAGAAGAUUACAAACCUCUGUUGUCAACCCAUCUAGUAUUGUUGGGCGCCAAGUUCAUAAAGAUGCACUGGUUCAACAGCUAUUGUUACCGGCUGAUGAACCAUGUGAUCAAAACUAUAGCAUUGUUCCCAUAAUUGGUAUGGGUGGGGUUGGGAAAACUACUCUUGCUAGACUUGUCUAUGACGAACAGCUGGUCAAGGAUCACUUUGAUCUAAAAGCAUGGGUUUGUGUCUCUGAUGAGUUUGAUACCGUUCGUAUAAGCAAAGAGAUCUUUCUAUCUAUGGCAAACAAUGAAGUUUCAGAUUUUAAUCGGCUUCAAGAAGCUCUUAAAGAUCACAUAAAGGGUAAAAAGUUUCUGUUGGUGCUAGAUGAUAUAUGGGGCGAAAGUUAUGAGGAUUGGGAAACCCUCGUCAGACCGUUGUAUACAUGUGCUCCUGGAAGUAAGAUCAUUAUAACAACACGGAAGGAUCAAUUGCUCAAACAGUUGGUUUACAAUCCUCUACACAAGCAGCUACACGGCCUCUCAGAUGAUGACGCUUUGUCUUUACUUGCUCGAAAUGCGUUAGGUGUAGAGAACUUUGAUGCACAUUUGUCGCUUAAACCAUAUGCCGAAGGUAUUGUGAAAAAAUGUGGAGGAUUACCUUUAGCUUUAAUAGCACUUGGUAGAUUGUUGAGAACAAAAAAAGACGAAGUAGAGCAUUGGAAGGAAGUGUUAAACAGUGAGAUAUGGAGAUUAAAUGAUGAAGAUAGAAUUAUCCCAGCCCUGAGACUUAGCUAUCAUGAUCUUUCGGCACCUUUGAAGCGAUUGUUUGCAUACUGCUCAUUGUUUCCCAAGGACUUCCUGUUUGAUAAGGAGGAUCUGGUUUUACUUUGGAUGGCAGAAGGGUUCUUGCAGCAGGCAACUCCAAAUGAUUCAACAGAAGAACGCUCGGGUCGCAAAUUCUUUGAAGAGUUGUUGUCAAGGUCAUUUUUUCAACAUGCACCUAAUAAUGAAUCAUUAUUUGUGAUGCAUGACCUCAUGAAUGACUUGGCAACAUCUGUUGCUGGUGAGUUUUUUGUAAGGUUAGACAGUGAGGCAAAGAAGGAUAUUGGUGUAGAGAGGUUGAAGUACCGCUAUAUGUCGUUUGUUCGUGAGACAUAUGUAACUUACGAGAAAUUUAAAGGAUUCGCCGAAGCCAUAAAAUUGAGGACACUCUUGGCAACUUCUGUUGGCAUGGUAGAAAGUUGGAGAGGUUUCCACUUAUCCAGUAAGAUUCUCACCGACUUGCUUCCUGAGUUACCAUUAUUAAGGGUUCUAAGUUUGAGCGGCUUUAGAAUAAGUGAGUUACCGGAAUCCAUUGGUACUUUGAGGCACUUGAGAUAUCUUAAUCUAUCUCGUACUUGGAUCACACAUUUACCGGAAAAGGUUUGCAAUCUUUUUAAUUUACAAACAUUGAUCCUGUUUGAUUGUUAUAACUUGACUAAGUUGCCCAACAACUUCCUAAAGCUUAAAAACCUGAGGCAUCUUGACGUUAGGAACACCCGGCUUUUGUUCCAGAUGCUCUUAGAGAUUGGCAAGUUGAAAAGCCUACAAAUUACUCUCUCGAAAAUUGUUAUCGAAAGUGAAAGGGGAACUGAAAUAGCCAAACUUAAAGACUUUGAGAAUCUAUGUGGGGGGAUUUCAAUUGUAGGUUUGGAAAAAGUGCAAAAUGCAAAUUAUGCACAUGAGGCGAACUUUUCAGAAAAGAGGCUUAGUGAGUUAGAGCUUGUAUGGGGUAAUGCACUCAAUGAUUCUCGAAAUGACAUGCUUGAAAAAGAGGUCCUAAAUGAGCUGAAGCCUUGUCAUGAUAAGUUAUUAAAACUCAAACUUAUGUCAUAUGGGGGAUCAGAGUUUCCAAAGUGGGUUGGGGAUCCCUCGUUUCUUCAUUUGAUGCAUGUGUCAAUAAGUGGUUGUAAGAGAUGUACAUCAAUACCGCCACUGGGACAACUACCGUCACUGAAGGAGUUGUUAAUUAAAGGCUUGCACGGAGUGGAAGUUGUGGGUUCCGAGUUAUUUGGGGCUGGUCAAGCAUUUCCUUCACUUAAAAUUCUGAGUUUUGAUGAAAUGCGUGGGUGGAAGAAAUGGUCAGGGGCUGUGUUUCCACGCUUGCAAAAGCUUCAAAUAAAAGAUUGUCCUAAUUUGGUUGAAGUCACACUUGAAGCUAUGCCUUCAUUGAAUGUUCUUGAAAUAGAAGAUUGUCUUAAUUUGGUUGAAGUCACAAUUGAAACACUGCCUUCAUUGAAUGUUCUAAAUUUACUUUGGUGUGAUAGUGGUGUGUUGAGAAGUCUGGUUGAAGUAGCUUCAGCAGUCACCAAGUUGGAAAUAGUAGAUAUUUCAGGGCUUAAUGAUGUGGUGUGGGGAGGUGUUAUAGAGUAUCUUGGGGCAGUGGAAGAAUUAAGAAUAGAGUAUUGUGAUGAAAUAAGAUACGUGGUGAAAUCAGAUGCAGAUGCAAGUAAGAUUCUUGUGACGCUGAGGACAUUGCUAGUGGGGUAUUGUGACAAUUUGGUGAGGUUAGGAGAGAAAGAGGAGGAGGACCUCCUAGCAUCUCUUGCGGUGUUGGAAGUAAAUUAUUGUAAGAAUAUGGAGCGUUGCACUUGUCCGAAUGGCAUUGAGGAGUUGAAGAUCACUGAUUGUUGGUCAAUCACAGAUGUCUCCUUUCCAAAAGGAGGACAAAAAACGAACAACAACAGAAGCAGCAGCAGCAUGCCCAUGCUUGAAUACGUCCACAUUAAUGAUUUGCAUCAUCUGAAAUCAAUCUUUGAACUUAAUUGCUUGGUUCACCUCACUGAAUUGGAAAUAAUAAAUUGUUACAGUCUUGAGUCCUUUCCUGGUGACAAUUUGACGUCGUUAGAGAAACUGGUAAUAAGAGAUUGUCCCAUAUUGGAUGUUUCCUUUCUCUGUGACAAUUUGACGUCGUUAGAGAAACUGGAAAUAAGAAAUUGUUCCAAAUUGGAUGUGUCCUUUCCUGGUGACAAUUUGACAUCAUUGAAGGAACUGAUCAUAAGAGAGUGUCGAACAAUGGAUGCUUCUUUACCUGGUUGGGUUUGGCCUCCCAAUUUGUGUUUCUUAAAUGUAGGAGGGUUGAAGAAGCCCUUCUCCGAGUGGGGCCCACAAAAAUUCCCAGCCUCACUUGUGAAACUCAGUUUAUAUGGCGGUGGUAAAGUGAGUAGUAGUAGUGAAUUUUCUCAUCUUCUUCCUUCAUCUCUUACUUCUCUUACAAUAGACGGAUUUGAAAAAUUGGAAUCAUUUACAGUGGACCUCCAACACCUCCAAUCUCUCUCUUUUGACUUUUGUCCUAAUCUGAAGAAAGUGUCUUCGCAUCCCCAACACCUCACCUCCCUCCACCAUCUCUCUUUUCUCAAUUGCCCUAAGAUGAUGGAUCUACCAGAAAUGGUGUUGCCUUCACUCUUGAGUUUACGCUUCUUGGGUGAUUGCCCAGGAGGAGGAGGUCUGAAAGAAAGAUGCAGUAAAAACGGGAGUUACUGGCCCCUCAUCUCCCAUAUCCCCUGUAUCUUCGUAUGAAUGAAGUUAAUAUGAAGAUUUGAUGCUGCAGCCUGCAAACAUUUUACAGCAGGGAGCAAAAAGUUAGGCUUGACUGGAAGACUAUGAUGCUGGCUACCUUUUUCCUUUAUGGUGUCCAUACCUAUUAGCGAUUUGUGCAUAAAAGAACCAGUUGUUGACUUGGAUUCUAUUUUGUUGGUAAUGGUUCAGACUCUGCAGAUUGUAUUUUGUGUGUAUACCUAUUAGCGAAUGGUCA